AAGCGGAAGUAGGUGUUUUGCUUUAAUUUUGAAAGGACAGCGGAACUGUGCAGGUUUGACUUGCGAAGGUGACGGGGAGAAACAGCUUUGGGCCAAAAAGCGGUCUGAGGAAGGAGUGAGGAGGCUCGACGAUGAAGACGCACGACGCCGAGCCCGAACGGAACCUAUCCCAAGCGGACUUCCAACCGUGGCGUCCCGGAGCAUGCAUCCGCGCGCAGGCGACAGGGAGACGCACCAGACCGAGCACGGUGAUAUAACCUGACCACCUGCGGAGUUUUGUCGCUUCGGAUCAUCGCGCAAGUCUGUGCCGUCCGGUCGGCUCCAGAAUGCCUUUCUGCAAGCGCGCGGUCCUGCCGAGGGACUUGUGCAAGCACGGCAUCGGUGUCGGGACGUCGUCGGCGUUCGCGGAUCUGGCCGACGUUUGCGCCUUUACCCUGGCCUCGGUGCUCCGCCAACUUUCGGACCUGUCCCGACAUUCGCUGGGCGUCCUGGAGGAGCUGGAGGGCGAGCUGGCGUCCGUGUGCCGACGGUCCGGUGCUCUGGAAGGCAGACUGGGCCGACUGGUCGAGAUGCUGCGCAAAAGUCCGCACACGCACACAGCCACUGUCGGACUCGAGGCGGAGAGCGUCAGGCGCGGAGGAAGCAGCAGCAGCAGCGGCGGAGACGGCGGCGGCGGCGGCAGCAACGGCAACCGCCGCCACAACCACGCCGGAGGAGGACGGCGAGGAAGCUGCGACCACGGCAACGGCGCGGCCAGCUUCGGGUCGCCAUGGCAACAGAGCGUGAACGUGUUUGGCUCAUGGAGCAGGCCCGAAUGUGUGGAAGAGCUGCACCAGCAGGCGCAGCUUAACCUCCAGAGCCUGCUGCAAGACUUUGAGGAGCAGCUGUGCGACGGCAAGCCGGCAGGUCAGACGUUCCGCCAUCCGCCCUCGCAGAGCUCCGACGACACGUCGGCCUCGUCCGCCUGCCGCUCGCCCGUCUCCCCCGGCAACAAGCGCCCCGACUUCAUCUUUCUGCCGGCAUCCAAACAGCUCUACGAGGAUGAGACCGCCAGCUCAGUCUUCGGACUGAGGUCCCUAGCCAGCCCGUCUCCCUCACCAUCUCCGUCUUCCUGCGAGUCCGAUCGCCCCCCGUUAGGCUGGAGCCCCGGACCCCCCGUCGCAGAGAAACCUCGCUGGCACCUUGGCAAACGCACGCCGACUCAAAUCGCAGCAGGUGAAGGAGGAGGAGCUGGAGUUAAAUUCCAUGGUGUUGACCUCCUUCAGCACUCGGCCUCCCCAUCCCCCUCUCCAGUGGAUAACUACCACCAGCCCCGCUCCCUGGAACCUGUGUCGGACACCCCUCAACAAAACUUUGCUCUGAGGAAGAUAGUCUCCAACCUUGACACCACCUCACCUGCAGAUAUCAUUCUGGACCAAGCAGGAACCAUGGACCACUCUGGCCUGAUUUGCUCCAACACUCCUUCAAGCACCUGGAACGGACCGAAAGGCUCCACCUUUUCUCCUGGGCCUUGGAACGAGCCUUACAACUGCAUUGCCAAGAAAGGGCCGGCAGUUCCACCUAAGCAGCACAGUGUCAUUGGUCAUACAGGAGGCGGGGCUCAGGAAGGCCUGAUGCUAGUGAGCAACUCGCAGUCUGUUUCCUUCUCGACCAUGUCAGACACGUCUGGGAGACAGAGGAGCAACGCGCCAGGGAUGGACAGGAGGAGCGAGACGGAGGUGCCAACGGCAGACAGAGGGAGAGGUGGCGCCGGUGGGCCGGGCGGUGUAGAGGCAGGGAGAGGAAGGGGGAUGUCGGCGCGCUCUUUAGCUGCGGCGAAUGCAUUCAAGUUCCGCGAACGUUCUCUCUCCACGCCCACAGACUCCGGUUCCUUUUGCUUUACUGAAAUUGGCACAGAUCAACCGGAUGGGAGUCUGGCAUCCACGGGCAAUGGGAAUGUGAUGUCUGCAGAACACCAGUGGCAUCAUCAGAACUAUUUAGGUCUCGGUGAGAACUACGCACUCCUCUAUCCCAGAGGGAGCUCAGAAGAGAGUGCCAGUACCGCCGACACAAUCUCUGUUUCGGCCUCUGACUACAGUGCCGAAGGACGCUUGUGCCUGCGCUCGCGGUCCAUCUCGCUCAAGAAGUCCAAGCGCAAGCCACCGCCUCCGGUGAGGAGCGUCUCUCUCAUGAAGAACCUUGGCCAGGCUGAGGGGAGGAUCCACCACGAGGGCGGUCUGCAUCGGGGCGGACGGCCAAAAAGCCUGCACAUCCCCAGGGACCAUCCCCCCGACUUCCGGCCAGAUUUUCUGUUGCCCGCCUCCAGAUCUGGGGAGCUCGGCCCAGGAGGCUGCGACAGUCCUCCGAACCUUGAGGUUAAUGCGCCAGAGAGGGAGGCGGAGCAAACUUUGCCCUCUAACUGGCAGCUCGGAGAUUGGAGGAGCAAUGAUCCCUACAGAUCUCUUUCGGGCUCCAGCACUGCGACGGGUACGACUGUGAUUGAAUGUAUGAAAAUCAGAGGCAGUUCUGAGUCAUUGCUCAACUCGCCCACCACCUCCAGAGCUACGUCACCGAUGCACCUCCUCACGGAAACGGACGUAAAGCCCAUUUCGCCCUUCAAGCCCCCUGGACUCAUGUCCCCAUCAAGUGGCUAUUCCAGCCAGUCGGAAACCCCCACUCCUACUGUGCCGCUCAGUCAGGCAGCGGGUACGGGAGGACCGGGGUCGUACGGGACAUCGGGAUGUAAGAUGCGGCCAAAGAUUCCAGAAAGAAAAUCUUCACUACCGUCACCCAAAGAUCCUGUCGCCAGGUCCAGAUUAUCCUUUGAGAUGCCAGUGAAUGCCCAUCUGGAGCUGUCGUCAAUCAAGCCAAAGCAAAAGGCCAGCAGACGGCAUUCAGACACGUCCACGGCGGCAAAACCUGGAAAAAUUUGCCCCGGCUCUUCGCAGGUUAUCCCCGUGGUCACCCAAAAUGAGCUGAAAACAAUUCGGCUUCGUUCGAUCUCCCGAGGCGAUCUGGAGGACUGCCCAGAUGGUGCAUCGGAUACCAUUGAAGAAGAACAGCAGUGCAAAGACUUUGAGGACGACGCCAGCCCACCUCCCAUCCUACCCAAACCAAAGCCACCAGUUGCUGUCAAACCCCCCUUACCAAAACGACCCCUUAACCUGCUUCUGAAGUCCCAGCCCUCUACGCCCCCUCUCACCCUGGACUCGCCCCCAGCGUCGCCCGUGGAACGCCCUGUGCCGCUUGGCAACAUUUACAAAGUUAUGAAGAAACCUAAACCCAAAAAAGCUCCGGCCCCAAGUCUUUCAAACCCAUCUGUGGUCCCAGAUUGUAAUUCCAUCUCCACCCCACAUGCCACCUAUACCCAGUGCCUCUUCGACCUCCCUCCCCUUCCAGAGCCCCAGCCGCUUCUGGAAGAUCCCAUUUUGGAGCCAGAAUUUGAUGCCGGCCCUCAACUUGGACCAGAGGACGGAGGCUCUCUCCCAUCUCCCUGCAGUAACCAGGAGACCCUGGAACUCCAGGACAAGAGCAAGACCCUUCCUUCAAGAAUGACAAUCUCCUGUCUGGCAGAGUUCUCUGACAAAAAGAAACCCAAGGUUCCUCCUCCCGUGCCCAAGAAGCCGAACGUCCUCGUACUUCCGUCAUCCGCCCAUCCUUCAGCUAACUGCGGUACAGAGCGCCAGACUACACCGACCGACAGUCCCCUGGGCCUUCCGUCUCCGGGAGAUGUUUUCCCACCGGAUGUUACGAUCAAUCCUGAAAUGUCAAUACAGAGUGAGAAUCCCUUGGGAGCAGACGCUUUGGUGGAGUCUUCACGUCACUCUUCCCAGCUGGAUUCUUACCUAGUGGAGCUGGAAGAGAAAAGCGCUACCACAGGGACUGGGGCAGAUGACAGCGCGGCUAGUGAUAAAACGGUGCUUCACAUUGUGGAGGAAACGGACGAAGACUUCUUGGCUGGCACGGCGGCAACACACACCACCGAAGACCUGUUCACCAUCAUACACAGGUCCAAGAGAAAGGUUCUGGGUCGCAAGGAGCCCGCCGACUCUUUUGGAAGCCGCCAGAGUCUGACAUCCCCUGUCAAGCAGAUGAACCUCCCCAUGGGCGGUGGCCAGAGGUCCAGCUCCCGCAAUGAAAACUUCAUGGCCCUGCUGCAGAAGAAGGGCAACAAAUCUUCCAACGCGGGGGCCAGGGUGUCCGCCGCCGAACUUCUCAAAAGCACAAACCCACUGGCGCGACGUGUCACAGAGCUAUCCGGCGAGGGUGGAGAAGUCCAGACCAGCCAAGGCAAAGCCAGCAAUCAGUGAGGUCAAUUCUAAUGUGGAUAAGCUACCGGCUCACGACUUUGCUCCAACCACUGGCUGACCAUUUGCGUCGUCCAAUCCUGUCAGAGCACACUUUUGGACCAAAUGGUCCCUGGCUUGGUUGGAGUCGUAUCGUUCUCUAUUGAAGCUCUGGGAGAGUGUGCAAGAGCAGAGCGGGGAUCCCGCAACUCUCUCCAUGAGAAUGCCAGAUGGAGAGAUUGAUGGGGAAAACAAUGUUCAAAAAUCACCAAUCGAAUGGUAGACAUUUGUUCUUUUCUCCUGGAUGAUACCAACAACCCCUGAUGAAGAUGGCAAUGUAAGCAUGAGUCAUGGGAUUUUCAGGAACUCGUGUUAUAAUAAUUAUAAUCCAUGGCUGACUGGUCCACAAGAUCUUUCAAAUCAGAUUACGUUUAAAAACUCCCACAAAUGGACUAAAGCACUUUUCUUCAAUGUCAAGAGGCAGUAUUCCCCUGCCCCCACCUGCCACUGCCCCCACUUGUUUUGUGUCUUUUGCUCUGGUGGGAUGUACCCAUACACAAUAAUGUAUGUGAAGUGUACAAAGAACAUCUUGAGAUGACAAACAACAAACUGCCCAGGAGACACACAAAGAACAGAAAUGUCUGCACGAGCCUGUGUGUGUGUGUGUGUGUGUUGGCAUGAGUAGGUGUGCGCACAAGUAAUUAUCAUCAUCACCAUCAACAUCAUCGAGCCUGCGGAAUUUCUGCAUGGAGAGCAUGAAGCAGGCCUUUGGUGGCUGGGGGGGAGGGGGGCGGAGGGUAUUGGGGGUGGGCGGUUUUUGGAAGGAUAACCACACCCAACGAACCAGAAGUGUGUGUUUGUGCCUGAGCACGUGUGUAUGCGUGUAUAUGUGUGUGCGUAUGUUCGCGUGUGUGGUGGCACGCUUCCACAAAAAGGGAGCCCUACUGGCGCGUGUCGAGCGCUUCUCUACCCCGAUCGUCCGCCCCGACUCAUGACGUCACUUCCUGACCUCUCCCUCACUCAAACCGUUCCUUUUUGACCAUUCUCUCGUUUACACCGGCUGAAUGUCAACUAGCGACCAGUUACAAAAAGACGUUUGCCCCUUUUUUUUAACUACUUUCUCGUGCCAAACCCUGGGUUGGAUCGGGACGCACAUGUGAAAGUUGUCGUAAAAUCGUGAGAUUUCCUCUUCACGCCGCUGUGUGAGGGCUCCCUCUGGUGGCGCGAGGAUGGAGCGCCACACGCUCUUCUCUUGAGUCCGUCAUCAUCGUGACGUCAAAUCGCACCGCUGCUUCUGACCAAUCGUGAAGUGAUGCUUUCUUUUUGAAGAUUUAGUGGAUGAAACUCCGAACAACUCUGUUUGCUUUGGAUAGCAAAGUCUGACUGCAGCACUCUGUCUUUUAUUUGAUGCUGUUAUUUUGUGUCUGUGCAGUGGGAGCUGCAAUGUUGACAAACUUCCUAAGAAUUUUCAGGAAAGAUUCCCAUUGAUUCAUUCGCUUGAUAUACAGUAAUUGGCCACAUACAGGUAUUUUGCGCCAUAUUAAAAUGGCCUCUCUUGACUUUCUUGUGCGCGCGUGCCAUGCAUCAGAAAGCCAUGUUGUGUUGUACGUCGAUUCGUGAACUUUCAGUUGUAGGUCAUUUGACGCGAGCAUGCUGCACACGACACAAGCUGAUGCCUCCAUGUUGUAAAACAGACUUUCCCCCAACCCGCUCACGAGAUCAGGGGGAAAAAUAGCACCCAACCGCCACUUGGGGGCAGCUUAUAGCAACAGACAUCAAUAGAGUCAGACCACUUAUUGGAGUUCUAUUUUUGUUAUUCCUUAUGGGGAAAAAAAGACAUUUAAAGGAAUAUUCCAUAUAUGUAUUAAAUCCCCUCGUGGCCCAUCCAGUGGUUUGGUGUGUAGCUGUCCGGAAAAAGCGCCACAUUCCGACAUGCCAGUGCCAUGAAGUGAUUCUAUCAUAAAUAAAUUAUUUUUCUUGCGUAGAAA